AUGGACAGACACACUUAUGCCGAAUGGAGAAUCACCAUUUAUGGGAAAUCUAGUAGUGAAUGGAGAAUAAAGGCUCAAUGGCUUAUUAAAAAUAAACUACAGCAUCCAAAUAUUAGGUGGAUCAUCCAAUUGCCUAGACUUUAUUCAGUGUAUAGAAAGAGUGGAGAACUCAAAUCAUUUCAAGAUAUGAUUGAUAAUAUUUUUAGACCAUUGUUUGAAGUCACUAUCAACCCUGAAGUCGAUCCAGACUUGUAUCAAGCACUCUUUAGCAUAUCCGCCUUGGAUUGUGUCGAUGAUGAGAAUUAGCAUGAGAACUUCUUUCUACAACAUCUCAAAAUCCAACCUAUUCAUUGGACGAAAGACACCAAUCCACAUUAUGCUUAUUGGAUCUAUUACAUCUAUGCCAAUCUAUCUAGUUUGAAUCAGUUGAGACAACAAAGAGGCUUAAAUACCCUUGAUCUGAGACCCCAUUGUGGUCUCAAUGGAAAUAUCGAUCACUUGGCUUGUGCAUAUUUGCUGGCCAGAGGAAUCAAUCAUGGCAUUAUUUUAGAAUAAUCCCCUGUUCUAAAGUAUUUGUAUUACCUCAAAUAAAUUGGUAUAUCCAUGUCUCCAAUUGCCAAUAACAAAUUGACAUGUAAAUAUGCUGAUUCACCUUUUAACAGCUAUUUCAGACAAGGACUCAAUGUUUGUUUGUCCACUGACGAUCCCCUUAUGUUACACAUAACUGAUUAACCUCUUCUAGAAGAAUAUGCAAUUGCUCAACAGAUCUUUGAUUUAUACAAUGUAGACAUGGCCGAAUUGGCACGUAACUCUGUUCGAUGCUCUAGUUUCGAAUCUAUCAUCAAAGAAUUUUAUGUUGGAACUAAUUAUGAGAAGAUGUACAAAACUACAAACAACCCAGAAAGAAACAAUGUCCCCUAAAGCAGAUUCCUAUUUAGGUAAGAAACACUUAAAGAGGAAUAUCAAUACUUGCAAGAACUCAGCAAGUCUUAAUGA